AAUCUUCAAUUGACGAAAUUUCAUUGCUUAACUGAAUUAGUUGACUAUUGUUAUUUAUAAAAAAAAUUAAUUCUGAUCUCUUUCUAAAUUUUUGAAUUUCUCGAGUCUCCGCCUUAUCGGUUUUUAGCGGAGCACACUGCUUGCCUCGUCGGCUGGCCUUUUUUAUCGCGAGUUAUAUAGCGGCCUCAGGAUGAAAACCAUCAAUACCUAUCAGACAGUGAAAAUCCCUAAGGAAUUGACUGUCUCGGUCAAAUCCAGGACAGUCACUGUCAAAGGACCAAGAGGUGUCUUGAAGCGAUGCUUCAAGCAUCUGGCCCUCGAUAUUCGUAUGGUCAAUCCAAGACUUUUGAGAGUCGAGAAAUGGUUUGGCACCAAAAAGGAGCUGGCUGCUGUAAGAACUGUAUGUUCUCAUAUUGAAAACAUGUUGAAGGGUGUAACCACAGGCUAUGAGUACAAAAUGCGUUCUGUAUACGCCCAUUUCCCCAUCAAUUGUGUGACCACCCAGGACAACACCAUGAUUGAAAUUAGGAACUUCUUGGGAGAGAAAUUCAUUCGCAGAGUGAAGAUGGCUCCUGGAGUUACUGUUACUAACUCUAAAGCUCAAAAGGAUGAGCUCAUUUUACAAGGAAACUCUUUGGAAGAUGUUUCCAGAUCAGCUGCACUUAUCCAGCAAUCCACUUCAGUCAAAAAUAAGGAUAUCAGAAAGUUCUUGGAUGGUCUUUACGUAUCAGAGAAAACAACAGUUGUUAAGGACGAAGAAUAAAUAAAAUCGUUGCAAUUUUUAACAAAUGUA